AUGCAGAACCUCUCAGAGGAUUUACUCAAAGCAGUAAGAAAAGCAGCUGAAACUGCUGAACUGAAAUCAAAGCUCUGUACAUAUACAAGAAUUCUAAACAAGAUCAAGGCCUUGUGUAUGCAGUGGCAGGCUGAGAUGAAAGUCAAACAACAAUUGACAUUCACUGCAGAUCAAGCAUUCACUAUGAAGAGCUUUGCUGAUGCAAUCAUCACUAUCAAUAAGAAUAGAGAAAACCAGAUCUUAGGCCUGCAGCAGAAGAUUGAAUGUUUACACAGACAGGUAACUACACUGAACCUGAAGAUCUCAUCACAAUCAUUCAUAAUCUCUUCAGAAGUAUACACAUCAUCAGAGACUGCUGUGCAGAAUGAGAAUCUGAGUAUGAAAUAUAUCAAGCUGAGAGAUCUGCUGAAGUCAUUAAGCUUCAAUGAUAACUGA